AUGAUUAAGAGGGGAAGCGAUGAUGCCCAUACCAGUAUCACUGUUAGUGAUGAAUAUAGGAAGACUAAAAGGGCGGAUUUAGUUACUAAAAGGUAUGAAUCUACCAAAAGGAGAGAUUGCCCUUAUUUGGGGACAAUUAAUCGACACGUACUGGAUUUUGACUUUGAAAAAAUAUGUUCUGUAUCACUAUCUACCAACAAUAUUUAUGCCUGUCUUGUCUGUGGCAAAUAUUAUCAGGGCCGAGGCCCCAACACCUAUUGUAACAUACAUGCAUUGGAGGAGGGACACUAUUUAUAUAUAAACUUAAAAGAUUCACAAGUUUAUUGUUUACCAGAAAAUUAUUUAGUCCAAGAUAAUUCUCUCAAUGACAUUAAAUACUUCCUUAACCCAACCUAUACCAAUGAAGAUGUCGAAGAGAAAAGCACAAAGGCGAUAUAUGGAAAAGCUUUGGAUGGAACUGAUUUUAUACCAGGAGUUAUCGGGUUAAAUAAUCUGAAUAAGACUGAUUGUUUUAACGUAAUCAUUCAAAUUUUAUGUUGUGUAAAACCUUUACGGGAUAAAAUGUUAACUUUUGACACAGGCAAGCUAUCAAAGCCUGAUAGGGUGGUUGAGACACUAUCAGAAUUGAUUCGUAAGAUAUAUAAUCCUAAUAACUUCAAGGGGAUAGUAUCUCCGCACGAAUUUUUACAAUCAAUAGGGUUGGCUUCAAAGGGCAAAUACAGGAUUGGCAAUCAAAGCGAUCCAGCAGUAUUCUUGCAGUGGUUAUUUGUUUGGAUACACUCCAAACUUAAAAGGAAGGGAACUAAUAGUUCAAUCGUAACAGAUUGUUUCCAAGGAGAAUUGUUUAUCACUGAACAUGUAGGAGAUGAAAUGGAGCAAAAGAAGACGCCAUUCAAGCUAUUGACCCUGGAAAUCCCUCAAAUGUCGGUAUUUAACGAUGCAAAUGCCAUUAGUCAAAUUCCCAUAUACGAUCUUUUUUACAAAUUUGAUGGCAAUACUCCUAAUGAAACAGAGGUGGGUAAAUUUUGUACCUAUAGCAUUUGGAGAUUGCCGGAAUACCUAAUUAUCAUUGUGAAAAGGUUCUAUAAAAACAAUUUUUUUGUGGAAAAAAAUUCAACAAUAGUAACAUUUCCCCUAAAAAGCCUCAACAUGUCCAGUUGUCUUCAUCCAGAUGCCGUACAACUUAACCCCUUGACAAAGUACAAUUUAGUGGCAUCAAUUACACAUGUAGGCCAACCUGAAAAUGGGAGUUAUAAAGUUUACGUUUGCCACCAACCUACAGGGGAUUGGUAUGAAGUGGAGGAUCUGCUAGUGACCCCAGUACUAGCCCAACUUGUAACACUGUCUGAGGCCUAUGUACAGAUUUACCAGCUUGUUGAUGAAUAA